AUGCCUUGCAACUAUCAUUCUACGACCCAAGGAAUGCGGCGCAGUCAUUCUUCUUCACUGUCCACCUGGUGCUCUGAUCGGUACAAGUGCACUUGUCUUGCAGUCUGUUCCAACGAUUCCCAUUCUGCACGGCGCGUAAACACUCUCGAUUCAACACUCUGUUCAUAUUGCCAUAUCAUCAAACACACAAACAGUAUCAAGCAUCUAUUGUCACUAACUGCACUGAUCGUGGCCCUCACCAACACAGCCUCCACCUUCGUCACCCAAAGCAAACGCGACUUCAUCAAUAUCGGCAGCGUGGACUUCACCAUAUCUCCCCUUACAGGCCCCACCGUUUCAGCUGGCUACUACUCCAGCUACAUGAGUCGCUACAGUGAAGCCGCCUGGGCCGCCGUAAUGGAUAAAGACACUGAAUGGGGGAGCAGCAUCAUCGAUGCCAGAUUGGAUAUGCUGGACUUUCUAGCUACACAGACGGCGGUCUCCAUUCGCACGGUGAUCAUGGGUGAGUUGGUUAAGACUGCUUAUACAGAGAUGCCUGAGUGGUAUACAAAAUUGCGAGAGAAUAUACACCAAAUCUUAGAAGAGGAUCCCGAGAUCUUCAAGCAAGCCUUGAUGGAUAAGCCUACAGCAGCACCGUCGGGCGGUGGCGCAUACGCAAAUGCUGUCAAGAUUGGGAACCGGCCCGUUGCAGCUGAUCUGGCAGGGAUCGCACUCCUGUCAAAUCGCAACGUCUGA